GACCUAACGCCCCGCCCAUGGCUUCCAUUUCUGUUCAGGAUCACACGGCGCAAAGCGAAUAAUACACAUUAGGGUUUUUUCCCCCCUGAAUAAUAUCGAUGUAACUGGUAAUUAUAACGAACACGAGUCCUUCCUGGUCACGGCACUAGAGGUAAUUGAGUUAGUCUUGCGGUGAGCGUGUUCUUGUCAGGUGAAAAGCUUUGAACCUUGUGUAAAGGAGACAGGCCUCGUUAUUCCUCUUUAUUCCUCUUUUUAACUUUAGCGGCGUAUUUUUUCCGCCGUUUUUUUUCCCCUUCACCUUCUGCCCCUCGCGCUCCACCAGCGGCGUGAGUAGCAGCACGAGGCACGCACGCGCGCACGGAUGGCGGAGUUCGGUAACGGACUAGCGGAGGAAUCUCUGCUCGACUCAGACCCUGGUCAUCCAGAGCUGGAAGAUCCGGGUGUUGGUGACGAAGAACCCGGUUUAGAUGAAGGAGAGGCCGCUAUCGAAGACCCGGAGCUGGAGGCCAUUAAAGCCCGGGUGAGAGAGAUGGAGGAGGAAGCAGAGAAACUGAAGGAGCUCCAGAACGAAGUGGAGAAACAGAUGAACCUUAGUCCUCCUCCUGCUGGUCCUGUCAUCAUGUCCAUUGAAGAGAAGAUAGAAGCAGAUGGACGAUCAAUUUAUGUUGGAAAUGUGGAUUAUGGAGCAACAGCAGAGGAGCUGGAAGCUCAUUUUCAUGGCUGUGGCUCUGUUAAUAGAGUCACUAUCCUAUGUGACAAAUUCACAGGACACCCAAAAGGGUUUGCAUAUAUUGAGUUUGCAGACAAGGAAUCUGUUAGAACAGCAAUGGCACUGGAUGAGUCCUUAUUCCGAGGAAGGCAGAUAAAGGUCGGGGCAAAGAGAACAAAUCGACCCGGUAUCAGCACCACAGACCGUGGUUUUCCUCGGGCUCGGUUUCGUUCACGUGGAGGAAGUUUCUCAUCUCGGGCUCGGUAUUACAGUGGAUACACACCACCCAGAGGAAGAGGACGGGCCUUCAGGGGCCGAGGGCGAUCAACAUCGUGGUAUUCCCCUUACUAAUAACUCCCCACUGUCAUUUCCCCUUUUUACUGUCAUCCCUCUUUUCCCUGUUUAAAAAAAGAAAAGAAAAUAACCCCUCUCAAUAAAAGAAGAAAAAAAAGAAGAAAAAAAGACAAAAAAAAAAAAACACAGAGGGAGAAUAUAGAAAAGAAAAGAGCAUCUCCCGGACAGACUGACUGACUGACUGGUGUGUGUGAGCGUGCGUGUUGCAGUCACCCCGGUAAGGUCUCGAGAUUUUGGGGAGGUUCUUGGUUGGCAUUUGUGAAAUGUUUAGAGAAGAUGGUGUGAUCUCAGGCUGCAGAUGUGUCUCCUUUGGUCUGGCUGUGAGUUCCUCACACAACACAAGGAGCAAACUGUUUUUCCCUCCUUUUCUUCUAUUGUACCUUGAAGAUGUGUGGAAAAUUCCCCAAACGUGAUAAUGCCUGUAUGUUUAAAUAGAUAUCCGAGGUUCUCAGAUUUUUUUAUUAUUAUUAUUUUUUUUUUUGAACUGUUAACGUUCACCCAUCCUCGGUUUGUUUCUCUUGCUCACCUGCAUUCUUUCUCUUUCUAUCACAGCUUGCAGUUCAGGGUGUUUAUUGUUUUUGUUUUCAUAUUCAGCUUUAAGACAUGCCUUUUUAAGACAAGUUCUUUUCCCCCUGACUUAUUUCCCAACCAUUCUUUGCAUUUUCAUGUUUCUUCUCUGUUGACUCAUGGUAUUUGGCUCUUUAGACAUUUAAUUCAGGCACCAGAGAUUGUUUUGUUUUUGUUUGUUUUUUUUACCUUCUGAUUCCUUUAUCUACCAGCUUUACUUCCUGUUUCAAUCUCUAUCCACUUCCUUCCUUUCAGCAUCCCUCUGUCUUUACUAGACUGUGCCCACUAAUGGCUCAAAGGCAUUGAAUGAAAUCAAGACUAAUUUUCCAUUUCAGCUUUCUGAUUUCUUUCCCAAACCAACCCUUACUACCACUUCUUUUAGUUUCUCUUUAUACUUAUGCGCUCUACCACUUCCGAUCGCAUACAUAUAUUUCAGCUAACAAUCCCCAAGCCUCACCUUUUCUGUUCCUUUUCUGAACCGUCCAUGUCUGGUUCUUUCUCUCCUCUUUUUCUUUCUUUCCCUCUCUCUCUUUCUGUGUACUAGACCACUUCUUGUCGUUUCAGGUUUCAGGACCAGUGGAGGCUGAGUACUCCUCCUCCCCCUGUGGCUGCAGCGCCCCCUACAGUCUCACCAUCGUCUCUUUCUCUCUCUGCUCCCUCUAUCCCUCUAUCCACACUCAUGUGGGGGGGUGGGGGUGGGGCACAGGGUGAUCCCCGGCCUAUUUACUACAACAACAAACGCUGAACACACAUUCUCACACACACACACUCGCGUGCACACACCACCACCAUCACAUAU